GCCCUAACCGAUUCCUCUGUCUCCGUCACUGUCAUCCUCUCUCUCUCUCUCUCUCUCUCUCUCAUACCUCAUCCACAAGAAUUCCUCAACCCCCCAUCCCUGACCCUUUUCCUCUUCUGUUCACACUAAUCAAUUACCCAACUCUCUCUCCCUCACAUUCUCGCAUUUCGUCGAACACCUUCACUGCAUGUUUCUUGCUUAGCUUUCACUCACUGAUCAGAGGAGAAGAAGAAGAAGAAGGAGAUGAUGGUCAAGAGGCGCCGCAAGGAUAUUCCCCAACACCCCGACCCUCAAGACAGAGGAGGAGGCCUCAACCAGAUCGUCUCGUCUUUGGCUUUGCUUGAGAAACAAGAAGAAGAAGAAGCGACGCAGAAACACAAACGCAAACCCAAAGAUGACGAAGAUGAAGACGAAGACGAAGACGAAGAUAAUCGAGCCAGCCGGGAUGAAAUCCACCGAGGGCUCCCCCACCAAUUACUCCCAAUCCAGGGCAACCCCGAUACGAUGGAUUAUUACUCCAAUCCCCGGGAUUUCCAUCGACGCGGCAACAAAUCCGCCAAGACCGAGGAUUCCCCCUCCGACAAAACCGCGCCCCAGCGCCGGCUGUGGGUGAAGAACAGGUCCAAGGACUGGUGGGAUCAGUGCAACAGUCCCGACUUCCCCGAGGAGGAAUUCAAGAAAGCCUUCAGAAUGGGCAAGGCCACAUUUGACUUCAUCUGCAGCGAAUUGAGCUCCGUCGUCGCCAAGGAGAACACCAUGCUGAGGGACGCCGUCCCCGUCCGGCAGCGCGUCGCCGUCUGCAUCUGGCGCCUCGCCACCGGCGAGCCACUCCGCCUCGUCUCCAAGAAAUUCGGGCUGGGAAUAUCCACCUGCCACAAGCUCGUGCUGGAGGUCUGCUCCGCGAUCAGGAACGUGCUGAUGCCCAAGUACCUCCGAUGGCCGAACGAGGACGGGCUGGCCAGGAUCCAGGAGGAGUUCGAGUCCAUGUCCGCCAUUCCCAGCGUGAUCGGGUCAAUGUACACCACGCACAUCCCCAUCAUAGCCCCCAAGAACAGCGUCGCCGCCUACUUCAACAGGCGGCACACCGAGAGGAAUCAGAAGACCUCCUAUUCCAUCACCAUCCAGGGCGUGGUCGAUCCCAAGGGAGUCUUCACCGAUGUCUGCAUCGGAUACCCAGGCUCCAUGCCUGACGACCAGGUGCUGGAGAAGUCCACGCUUUUCCAGCGGGCCGGCACCGGAUUCUACAAGGGCGUCUGGAUCGUGGGGGGCGCCGGGUACCCUCUGAUGGAUUGGGUGUUGGUGCCCUACACGCACCAGCAUUUGACAUGGACGCAGCACGCUUUCAAUGAGAAGAUUGGGGAGAUUCAGAGGCUGGCUAAGGGCUCCUUCGGGAGGCUCAAGACUAGGUGGGGCUGCCUGCAGAAGAGGACCGAGGUGAAGCUGCAGGACCUGCCGGUGGUGCUCGGGGCGUGCUGCGUCCUGCACAACAUCUGCGAGAUGAGGAACGAGGACUUGGAUUCGGUCCCGGAGUUUGAGCUUGUGGAUGAUGAGAUGGUUCCUGAGAUUGGAUUGAGGUCGGCCAAUGCGAUGAAGGCGAGGGAUACAAUUGCGCAUAACCUCUUGCAUCACAACCACGCCGGCACAUCAUUCCUGUCCUAGAAGAAGAAGAAAUCUAGAGUUAAAGAUAAGAAAAACAUUCCUAGCUCCUUAAAUUAUAUGACAAACACACUACACAGAUGGUAUUUUAUUCAGUUCAAUUUCUUUCGGGAGAAACAGUUAGGUGAAAUACUUACUUGGACAGAUUCUUUUAUUACUUUGAUGAUUUGCUAUACCUCAAAGGGUUGUAUUUUGUGGACCGGCUGACACACCAUGAUUCAUACAAAUAUUGUCACCAUUCAUGUUUGCAAGUGUUCUUUCCUGUGA